ACCAUUGCCCAUCGUCCAAUCUGAUGCCCACUCUCAAUUCCCCCUUUCUUGAUCUGUAAAGACACAGAUUAUAAAUCGAGUUUGUUACAUAGGCACGAAAACAUAGUAUGUGUGUUUGUGUGUGUGUUUGACAUAGCACAAGCUUCUGUUGUGUUCGAAAAAAAAGUUUUGGCAACAUCACAUACUACAGACCGACCGCAAGCGAUUCUAACCUUAGUUAACAAGUCAAGGAAUGAAUCAGAAUUUUUCGGCCUUUCGGCGGCUUUUCCUCGUCCCUGUCCACAACAGGCGCAAAACUAUCAUGCCAGUUUUGACAUCGCCGCGGCCAGCGGAACAAGUGCGAUAGAUGUCUCCGUCCGGUGGUUAUUUCUCCCCUCUCUUUCUGUUGUUAUUGAUUUCCGGUACUAUGAUGCCCCAUAAUUGCAUGGCGGCUCUGUCGCCCGACCGCGACGAUGUUCUCGCCGCUCAUGUUCCUUUGACCCGUCUUCAAUUACAUACUGGAAGAGCCUAUAAUAUCACCGAUAAGAAUUACUGGGCUGCUAGCGUGUUUUCAGGAAUCCAUGGAUAUGUUAUCGCGGGUAUUUGGUUGUUGAUUGGUCUGGGUUUUGGGUGUUAUAUAAUCGUCAAGAAUUCCAGACCCAGCUCUGCAUCCAUUGUUCAAUAUCCGGAUUCUUCAUACAUACUGUUUUUCUCAUUCAUUGUCUUCUUUUCCAUUCUAGCCAUGGUUGCAAGCAGCUUUGUUCUGGUAGCAGACAAGGGCAGCCUGCACAGAACCAAAAAGCUUACUGAAACUAUCCUUGAUGCUGGCUCUGAUGCUCAGCGAACGAUGCAAAGUACGAAAGGCAUAUUGCUAAGUAUUCAGACUCUCAUAGACCCGUACGACUCAAAUACGAGCCAUAUGUUGAAUGUGACAACACAUAUGCUGAGAAGAGACUCGCUAUCAAUUCAAAGCUUCAUAGAUAAAACCAGGCACUCGGGCAAUGAAGCAAUUGUAGCUUUAUAUGUUGCAAAUCUCACUGUUGUGAUUGCCAAUUUGGUAUUGCUGGUCGCUGCAUUAGUUUCCUUCAUAUUCCGAUGGCCUCUUGGACUCAUAAUCAUCAUCUUUUGUUGUUGGAUUUUGACAACGCUGAAUUGGGUUCUGACUGGCAUUAAUUUUAUCUUUCACAAUUUUGCUGAAGACAUCUGCAUCGCGUUGGAUGAUUUUGAGCAGAAUCCUGAAAGCAGUAGCCUGCAAUCUGUACUUCCAUGCGCUAACUCCACAAAUUCGAAAAAAUUGUUGGUGAAAAUUGGUUAUACAAUCCAUACUUGCAUGUUUAAGAUUAACGUAAAGCUUACAGCGUUGCCAGCGCUGCAAUCAGUGAGAAACGAGGAAGAUAAUUUUGGAGUUUGGAAAGUCUGUGACCCCUUCUCAGGCUCACCUAAUUACACCUUCAAUCCAAAUCAAUGCCCAGAGGAUGCUAUACCAAUUGGAAACCUACCAACUAUUCUGUCGCGGGUUACCUGCUACAGUUCUUCAAGAAACUGCCGGGACGAGGGUAGAUUCAUUCCAGAGGCCAUAUUUUACAAGUGCAGCGCUUUCAGUGAGUCUAUGCAAGAACUGAUAGACAUCUUUCCAGAUUUGGUGAGGCUGAUUCAGUGCUCCAAAGUAAAACAAGCAUUCUCAGACAUUGUUCAAAGGCAGUGCAAGCCAUUUAGGAAGACAGCACUGGAACUGUGGGCAUCUAUGUUGUCUCUCUCCAUUUCCAUGGUGUUUCUGACAUUGUUGUGGGCAGCAAAAGCUUACCAGGACAAGGGGAAAAAUUUCUCUAGGUGCUCCAUUGUCCCAGAUCGUGUUUAGGGAUAUGUUAAGGUUGUUUUUGAGUUCUGUUUGUAGAGUUGAGAUCAGAUGUAGAUUUAUUUGCCAUCUGGCUGGGAGUUCAAGAAAAACUCCACUCCGUUGUUGCUCAUGGAGGUUGCAGCUUAGGCUACACAGCCUCAGAAUACUAUCAAAAGUGUAAAUAUACACUGAUAUAACUAUGGCAAUCUUGAAGAAUUCAACUUGCCAUCUGCAUUUGUAGUAACUUUGGUAAUGUUUAGUUUAGUUUUAGUUCUUUAAUCUUUA